AUGCAGCAUCUGGUGGACAAUCUUACGGAGGGGGACAAGGAGCGUCUGAAGAAGAAGCUGCCACUGAUCUUACAACCCUUAUUGCUGCAACUGAGGGGACACUUGAAAGCGGUGGACAGAGCAGUGACACGCCGCUACCAGACGGCCAGGGAGCUGAUUGACACUGUUGAAGCACUAUUGACCUUCCACAUAAAAGGACCAGCGAGGGAGCGCUGCCUUGAGUGUCGCAGCCCCUAUUGUGCUGCGUGGCGCAAGGAUGCCCCUGUGCCCCUGGAGCCGGCGCUGCUGUGGAAGGUGUCGUGGCUUGGCUUCUGCGGCGUUAUGCGGCUCCUGGACUGGUUCGAGGUGCCCGAGGGCUUCGCGCUGCUCAUGGAGCAUCCGCAGCGCUGGCAGGACCUCUGGUACUUCCUGCACGAACAGUGGUUCCUGACGGAGCCCGUGGUGCAGGGGCUGCUCAGCCAGGUGCUGGAGGCCGUGCGGUGCUGCAGCAGCCGGGGUGUCCUGCACCGUCACAUCAUUGCCGAGAACGUCCUCGUCGACCUGGCCACGGGCAAGGUGAAGCUCAUCGACUUUGGGUGCGGCACAAUCCUCCAGGACACAUUCUACACCUGGAUGUCGGGAACACCGGAGUACAGCCCACCAGAGUGGAUCCUCUUUGGCUGCUACCAUGGCCAGCCAGCCACCAUCUGGUCCCUGGGCAUCCUGCUCUAUGAGCUGGUCUGCAGGCACCUUCCUUUCCACACCAACGAGGACAUUGUCUGGGGCCAGCUCUUCUUCCCGCCCCAGAUGUCUCAAGACUGCCAGCACAUCAUCAGGUGGUGUUUAUGCAUGGACCCCACAGACAGGCCAUCACUGGAAGACUUUUUGAGCAUUCUUGGCUGCAGGAGCCCUGCCUGGCCCAGGAGACAGCAGAGAUGCAUCCCUGUGCACAGUAGGAUCCAGGAGCCAGCACGUAGCACCGGCACGCGUCUCGUGGCGCUGGAAGAAAACCCUGGAGUGUUUCCCUGCGGCCACGGCAUGGAGGAGAGAGCGCAGCCGAGGAGAUGCUUCCGCUGA